AUGUCAUUUAGAAAAAGAGGUGAAAUAAUAGGUGGAAGUCCCGCACCAAAUAGAGGCCCCAUUGGCUCAAUUCCAGCUAGAGCUCCAGGUAUCGCAGGACGUGCACCACCAUUGGGAAGAACACCACCAGCAGUAACAGGUAAAGGUAUCACUACAACAACAACUUCAUCAUUCCAAUUAAAAUCCAAACCUAAAUCAAUUGAAAAAGAUAAUGCUACCCAAAUCAUGCAAAACCCGGGUGUAAGACCAUCAUUAGUGACUUCACAACCAACAACAUCUACUGGAAGUUCUGAUUUAGAUAAAAUCCUAUUGCACCAAGGAUUACCGCUUGGGAAUUCAUUAUUAAUUGAAGAAUCAGGUACUACGGAUUUUUCUUCUGUUUUGUUAAGGGCAUUUGCAUCACAGGGGAUUUUGCACAAUAGAAUUUCAAAUGAUAUUAAUGCUCAUGUCAUUGUUUUGGGUAUGAACCAACAAUGGGCAAAUGAUUUACCUGGUGUUUACAAAGGUUCUUCAAAAGAACAGAAAAAGGCGAAAAUUAUAGAAAAUGAAUCUAAAGUGAGUGUUUCCAAUUUGUCCAAUGCUCCAUCAACAACUAAUAGAACAACUACUGAUCCAAAUUUAAAAAUUGCAUGGAGAUACGGUUUGAAUAAGAAACCAGAAAGUAAAGAUGAAAAUGAAAGUUCUAAUAGUUAUGAACAUUAUAAUAAUCAAUUUGAUUUGACACAAAAAUUGGUGCCGGGACCAAAUCCACAAGAUAUAUCAUUUCUUCCAUUGAAUGCUGAGUUUAAUAAUAUGGUGAAUCAAAUCUCUAGUAUAAUAAAGAAUCAAUUGAGAUCAAAUCCCACAAAAGUGAUUAGAUUGAUAAUUCCCAGCAUUCUAAACCCAUCUUUAUAUCAUCCAUCAUGUUCUUCAUCUACAUUUAUUGUCCCAUUUAUACAUUCACUACGUUCUUUAGUACGUCGAUUUUCUAAUAAUCUAGUGUUGGUUUGUUCUAUAUCAUUAGAUUUAUAUCCAAAAGACUCGAGUUUAUUAUUAUUUAUUCAAUCAUUGUUUGAUGCCAUUAUUCAUCUUCAACCAUUCAAUCAAGAAAUGACUCAAUUACUAGAAAAAGCUUAUAAAAAUGAACCAACAAAGAUUCAACAAGGUUUAGUGAAUAUUAUUAAAAUACCUAUUUUAUCUGAAAAAGGUCUAAUGAUGGUACAUGAUGGAGAAUAUGCUUUUAAAAAUGGAAGAAAGAAAUUUGAAAUUGAAGAAUGGAGUAUCCCGGUGGAAGAUGAUUCAAAAGAUGAUACUCAUCAAACACAAGAAGGAGGUACUACAACCAAGAAUAUUGAUUUUUAA